AACUCUUCAGUACCUGCACUUCAGUGGGCGGUACUUGUCCUCACGGACGCGUGGCUUAGGUCACGCGCACCUCCCCUUCCUCCCCCCAUCAACGUGGCUGACGAAUUCUUCGAUUGCUCUCGACUUGAGCACGCCUUCGACACCCAGGAGCAGGUCGACGUCUCUCGUGACGACCCAAACAGCAGCGGAGACAGAGCUCCUUUCUUCAUCUGUGAUUGGCAACCGUGCCCUAAUCGCACUCCACGGUCCAUCACUGUUGACGAAGGACACUUCGUACCAAUCCGACGAGUCCAACACCCCAGUGGCCCUGCACUCCAAUACGCUGGCACCUCGAGAUCCACAUCUCGCCACGUCACUCCCGUCCCAUCCCGACCUGCCUCGCCAGGCACCCGCAUCCCCCAACCUGUCGCCAGUACAGGUCAAGCGCAAGGAGAUCCCCAUCUCCCUCGAGGAACUGAGGCAGUCACACAGCCUACAGCAACCCCUCAAGCGAUCCCCCAGCCCUCCUUGGGGCCGCGGUUGGAAAGGCCUCCCAAGACCGAGCCCCGCGACACUCCGCCGCAUUCUUGGGCCAGCUCGUCGUCAGCGGUCACCGCCUCGACUUCAGUCCCUGUCCUACGUCACCCCGCCUCCGGGCUUCCUCAACUGACUUCACCGCCGUCGCCGCCGCGAGGCCGCUCAAGCACUCGUUCCUCGAGAAGUCCGCCCGGCGGACAGUCACAACAGUCGCCUUCGUCCGCGGGCAGUCCUUCGUCCCCCUCGUCGCCGAUAAUGUCCUCUCCCGCUGCCGUCCCUGAUAAGGAGACGUUGAAGCUCCUCCUCCCGCUCCGAUACGAUGGGAAGUCGGUGAUCGAAUGCAACCGCUUCAUCUCGCAGUUGCUCAUCUACUGGACGAUCAACACGGCCCUCUCUUCCCUCGAGCUGAAGAUCCAGGUUGCC